AUGGCGCCGUCCGAAACCGCCCCCUCGACGACCUCAGAUCCCGUCGACCUGACUUCCACUCCGCAGUCUCUUGCCCGUGCCGUCUACGCCCGCCGAGCAGAGUAUGUUCGUCCUCACCGGAUCAGGGUCAAGAUCGGCACCUGGAAUGUCGCUGCCUGUCCAGGAACCGACAAGGAUCUCGCAAGCUGGUUUGUAGAUGGAUAUGGUCUUGACGCUUCCCUGUCCCGCCUGAACGUGGCCGACAACAAUACGGUCGAGACAGCUCCCGUUCCGACUACGACCUCCGCCGAUGGUAACGAUACCAAGAAAGCAGCCGACGACACUAGACAGGAUGAAUCCGACGAUAAAACUAAGCACGCAGCCGACGACACCAUCCAGGAAAAACCCGAUGACAAAACCAAGAAAGAUGACGGCGACAACACCAAGCAAGCCUCCAAGGACGAAGAGAACUCAAGUUCAGACUCGCCCGCCAAAGAGCCUGACGCUCCUGUCCAUGCCACUCUUCCUGACUCUACCCCCGCCGCAAAACCAGAUGAUGUACACCUUGUUGGAGGCGACAAGAUCGGACUGUACAUUCUUGGGUUGCAAGAGAUAGUGGACCUGAACAUGGCAAGGGAUUAUAUGAACCGGAUGUACUCCGACCCAGGUCCCAUGCAAAAGUGGAAGGACGCCCUGGAAGCAGCCAUGCCAGAGGGGUAUCAGCUUGUUGCUGCAGAGCAAAUGUCGGGCCUCUUGCUGCUGGCAUAUGCAUCACCGGAAAUCGCUCCGACCAUCAGCAACGUGAGCACCGUAUCUGUCGGCACGGGGUUAUUUGGAUACCUGGGCAACAAGGGCGCAGUCACAACCCGAAUGUUGCUUGGAGAAACAACCCGCAUGGUCUUUGUAAACUGCCACCUUGCUAGCGGCCCGGAGCAGACUUACUUGGAUCGGCGGCUGUGGGACAUCGGGCAAAUCCUGUCACGGACACAGUUCGAGCCCAUCAACCUCGCCGGUGAGAAUGACGCCGAACCCGAGAAAAUCGGCGACGAGGACUUUGCGUUUUGGCUUGGCGACUUGAACUUCAGGGUGGAUGGCCUGCCAGGUAACGACAUUCGGCGAUUAUUGCUGCUGCAUACCCGCGGUGAGUAUGACCUGGACAAGAAGGGACGCAAAGUGAUUGCAGGCGAGGAGGUACUGGUCGUGAAAAACUCGAAGAGUAAGAAGGGAGAGGAUAGUGACGACGACACGUCCACCAUUGACACGACCUUGUCGUCGGAGCCUAGCUUUGAUGAUUCAGAGAGUUCUUUACCAGACCCUGACGAGUUCAUGCCGGACCCCAGCGAUGACCCUGCUUCAUUGCAGGCGACUCUGGAUUCCCUCUUACCUCAUGAUCAGCUGAGGAGGAUUAUAAGGGAGAAGAAAGCAUUCCAUGACGGAUGGAGAGAGGGCCCGAUUACUUUUCUGCCCUCAUACAAGUACGAUGUCGGCACCGUCAGCUUGUUUGACUCGAGCGAGAAGCAACGUGCCCCAAGUUGGUGCGACCGCAUCCUUUACAGGACAAGAAAAGAUAGGGAAGAGUACGAGCAGAAGGUCAAGGAUAGCGAAGAAGCCAAGAAAAGAGACGAGCAAAUGACUGCACAGGGCUUGGAUCACGCAACGGACGACGAAAGCGUACUUUUUGACUACGACCCGGACGCUGACGGGGAAGAGCCGCCUACCGGAGAAGCCGGUCUUGAUUACGACGAGUAUGAUGAGGACGAGAAUGAGCCGGAGGAUGUUGUAACCAAGGAGGGCUUCACAGACAGGAUACAACUCGACAUAUAUACAUCUCACCAACGGAUAAUCUCGUCGGAUCAUAAGCCCAUUAUAUCCGUCUUUACGCUCGACUACGACGCCGUGGUGCCCGAACUGAAGGCCAAGGUCCACGCUGAAGUUGCAAAGGAGUUGGACCGGGCGGAAAACGAAGGCCGACCCUUGAUUACGGUUGUCCUCGAUAAUCAUGACCUCGAAGCCAAGGGCGAGUCAGGGCCGAUGGACUUGGGUGAGGCGGUCGACUUCGGCGACGUUGGCUACCGUAGCAGACAUACAGCUACUUUAACCAUUGCAAAUACUGGCCGAGUACCAGCAAAGUUUUCCUUUGUUGAAAAACCUACGAUAGAGGACGAUUCAGACUCCUCAGGCCCGCCGGCAUGGCUCAGCACCUCUUUCAAGCGCACAGAAGUCGAAAACGACGAAGAGCCGCAUAUCCUUGGAAGUGAAGUCACCCUCGAGCCAGGCGAGACUGUAAGCGGUGUGCUGGAGGUUUUUGUUAGCGACAUUUCGCACGUGCGAGCUCUCAACGACGGCCGUUCUGCCCUCGAAGAUAUCCUUGUUCUUCGUGUUGAAGACGGCAGAGACCAUUUCAUUCCCGUCCGCGCGUCUUGGCUCCCGACCUGUUUUGGUCGGUCAAUCGACGAGCUCAUCCGGAUCCCUGACGGCGGUAUACAGAAGUUCGUCAGGUCUAGGGUAUCAAAUGGCUCUGGCUCCAUCCCUUAUGACUUGGAUGUUCGUUGCGCCGCGCCAAAAGAGCUCUUCAAACUCACCGAGGCAGUCGAAGUGAUGAUCUCGCGCGCCAUUGCUGACGCAAACAUGAUUGAAGAGCAUCUUAUCCCAGGCGACAAGCCGGGCUGGCCGUUCGAUGAGACGGCUUGGCUGUUCAACGACAAGGAAAAUCGAGACAGCCAGGUUUUAGCUUUGAUCGAGGCUCUUGACACAGACCAACCCCUUAUCGACGUCUUGCCCGUCGAAACACCGUCUCUUUACCGCGCCGAAGUCAUUGCCGAAGUUCUCCUCCUGUUUCUCUCAGGGUUGACCGAUGGCAUCAUAACAGCAGCGCUCUGGGCCAAAAUCGAGGUUGCGAUCCCUCACCUAGGUGCCGUAACAGCACGCUCUUCAGUGGAAAUCGAGGACGACAAGACUUCUGUACUGGACAUUCUCGCCACGGCGCCGAACCAUAACAUUGCGUUCGUGUUCCUGACGGCAACUCUCUCCAAGGUCGUAUCGGAACUCGCGCCCAUCUCAAGGUCCGAGGUCGAAGCCUUGACGAUGCAGAAACCCAACCGGCGGAGUCUGAGUUUCAGGAGGCUGACGGGCGGGAACGCCGCUGCGGAGGCGGCGUUGGCAAGGAGGAGGGCGAGGGAGAGGAGAGUGGCAGAGGUCUGUGGGAAGGCUGUCUGCAGAGUCGGGCUGCCGGCAAAGGACAAGGAGAGGAAGGCGGUCGAAGAGAAGGUUAGAGGGGUUUUGGAGAUUUUUGUUAGGAGACCACUUGAGGAUGGCUAG